ACUCAAUCUCAGCUUGGAGCGAGGCACUUAUAGUGAGGGUGGCUAUAUAAGUCCACACAGCAUCAACCCUUUAAGUAACUAUACUUGUUUUCUCAAAGAAGUGAAGGAGGGCGACAUCUCGCCAACUACCUGACAACCUAAACGGCUGUACUGGACUUCCUGUACUGAAGAUUCCGGCUGAUAUCCUGACAUGAAGCUCAAUUUAUUUGGUACCACCGUGAUUCUGCUUGUUGCCUUCUUACCGCGCUACGAAUGUCGGGCUAUUGAGAGCCCUGGCGUUACCCUGCGCGUCCCAGCUCCCCAAACCCAAAACUCCCAACAGCAGCUGCCACAGCAGUCUGGUCCCAUUCUGGAGCGCCUUGGAGAGGAGUAUUUCAUCCGACUGGGAAACGGGGACUCUAAUUCUUUCCCAUUAACGUCCAUGUAUCCCGGCGGAUCAUCUGCCAUCUACAACAGAGCAUUACAACUCCAGCUGACGCGGCGUCUUUUACAGGGGAAAGUUGGAAACAUCAGGGCGCUCAUAAGCGGCUUCGGAGAUCGCGGGGAUGAAUCGAUGGAGAGGGGAAGAAGGUCCGAGGAACCGCCGAUCUCCCUGGAUCUGACCUUCCACCUGCUCCGGGAGAUGAUGGAGAUGUCCAGGGCGGAACAGCUGGCCCAGCAAGCGCAAAACAACAGAAGAAUGAUGGAGCUCUUUGGGAAAUGAAAACCUCUUUCCACUCCGCCAAAGAUCACAGUUCCCUUUGUUUCUCUUUUUGUUCUGCAUUUUCACCAUCAGCACAAAACAUGCUCUGUGCAACAUAGUGCUGCUUUCUCACUCUGUUAUUUAUGGCUUUAACCUCAAAUUAUGGAGCAUAAACGGGCUUGAUUUAGAAAUGAGCUGAUUGUACCUUGCCAUUUUAAUGUUGGUGUCAAAUCUGUAGAGUUACACCGUUCUUCAUAUUUGAGAUGAUCCACUUUUGGUUGAGACAUGAAUUCCAUUGACAAAAUUGGUAUUUUGUUUUAGAUUAUGAAUCACUGUAUUUAUGAUAUUUGUUUGUUAAUAAACUUAUGUGCAACCAGUCAUAUUCUGUUGUGCAACAGAAUGUCUUAUAUC